AUGGCUAAGCAGUCUCAGCAGCAGCAGAUGAAAACUUCCUUCCUCUUCAUCCAGCUGCAACCCUCCCCUGGCCGAACUCCCGCCCAGUCUCCAGCUUUCACAGCCCAAGCCACAACCACAGCCUCAGCAGCUGCCCAGAGGGGAGCAGUGAAGGAACAUGGUUCCCUAAAUCCCAGGACAGAGCCCUCAGCAAGCCAAGACCUCUGGUUCAAAGGAGGGGUGGUAGAGACUCCCUCGUGGUGGCUGCCAAAUGAGGACUAUGGGACAGACCGGGCAGCUGCAUUCAGCUGCUUUUUGCUGAAGGAGGAGGAGGAAGAGGAGGAAAAAGCCAAAGAUUCAGUCCUAAGGAAGGGUUGCGUGUCUCAUUUCUUGCAACACCAGGCUCUGCCUCCUCAGCAAUCUGGGCAGCCACAGGCAUGGCCGUGUAGCUUUCCUAGUCCGGCUCUCGGGAUGAGCAAUGGGACCGGUGGCUCUUUCACAAACUGUUCUAUCAUUUCGGCUCCCCAAGCCCCGUGGAGCAUGGAUCACCAACCCAGGGCUGCGUUGGGGCCCUCAGUACUCCAGGCAGCUCUGCCGGCUACUUGUAGCAGGACUACAAAGGCAACACAGUGGAGUGUGGAUGUUGCUGGAAUGCCCUUCACACAUCCAGGGCAGCUUCAGGAGGUUCCAGCUAGAAGCCGAGGCUGCUGUCUGAUGGACUCAAGGAGUGGUGAAAGAGGAGCCAGUAUCCCUGUGUUGGCCACCAGAGCGGAGCAAUAUAGAUACUGCCCCCGGGUGCAGACCAGCAGCGUUUACUGGGCACCACCAGCUGCCCCACGGCUUAAGGCAGAGACAUUUGUUUGGGUUAACAACAGAUCAGCUCAUUCCAAAAGCGUUGCCAAGGCCAAGUAUGAAUUUUUAUUUGGCGGACCAGAAGAGAAAGUCCCAGAAACUGGCGAUCAUGGAGGAAGCACUUUACUCCCACCCAAUGUCACCAAUGAAUUUACAGAGUAUGGGACCAUGGAAGAAAGGGGAGAAGUCCUCAGAGCUUCACUUGAAUUUGAUGCAGAGAGUCAACAGUGCUACGCACAGGGGCGGGAAGGGGGCCAGCUCUUGGUUGGCCCCCAGUUUGAUCUCGACAGCCCGACUGCAGGGGGACUGAAUCAUGAGGGGGGAGCAUCCUCACGUAGGCACCUUAAGGAACCAAGCUUGCCACAGCCCAUUGGCUACCUGGCCCCAGCGCCGAACACUGCAGAAUCUAGCGUGUCUUCAGGGGGACUGCAGGCACCAAAGGUACUAGAAGGAGAUGUGAUUUCUGUUUCGUCGGACCGGCAAAUGGAAAAAGAGUUGAAUGCCACCCGCCGGGAAGCACGAGGAGCCAAGAGACCAGCUACCACUGGCCAAGAAAAACCACCAGAAAUACCUCUUCCAGCUGAACUAAUAACUGAGGAAAAUUUUUAUUUGAGUAUCGAGAAGGAUUUGACUGCCUUAUUAACUGGGGAAACCCAGCCAGCCUUGUCUCAAAUCAUGAAGAGUGGGAAGAAAGAGACUGCCAGAAGGCAGGAGAUGAUCUGCCAGAAGACCUCUGUGGAGCAAUCAGCAGUGGCCCAUAAAGUAGAGGGCACCAUUAGCUUUACAGGGGAAAGAUGGUCCGAUGUGGGAAGGAAGCAUCCAGGAUGUGAUCGAGGUACGGUCUACAGGUCGCCUGUAGAGCAGGGGAGCUCUGCAGGCCGCUCUGGCAGGAUCAAACACGUAGGAUUUCAUGGGGUGGAGAUUCUUUGGACAGGGGGCGAGGAGGAAGAAAUGAGACGUUCCUCAGCAGAUGUGGAGGCAUCUGUGGAAAGGACAGCCUUUUCCAAAUGCAAGGAGUCUUCCAAAGUGUCCAGCCAUCCCAUUCCGUCUGUGGCUUUCUCUCAUACGGUCAGGUUGACGGAGGGUGUUUGGGAUGGACCUUGGAAAGAUUCUUCAGAAAGGCUUGGAACUAGAUCAGGGACAUUUUCUCCAGGAUUGCUUGUAGAAGGUGGAGAGGAUGAAGUAUUUUUGAAGGAAAAUGAACAACAUCCUGAGAAGAAGUCUGUGCCAGAGGGGGAAGUGGAAAGAAUCAUUGAGCAAGAGGAAUCAACCAGAGAAGAUGAUGAUGUUCUGGGGCCUGGGUACACAGAAGAUUCAACUGAUGUAUACAGCUCCCAAUUUGAAACCAUUCUGGAUAAUACUUCUUUAUACUAUAGUGCGGAGUCGCUGGAGACUUUAUAUUCAGAACCUGAUAGCUAUUUCAGCUUUGAAAUGCCUCUCACGCCUAUGAUCCAACAGCGCAUCAAGGAAGGCAGUCAGUUCUUGGAGAGGACUUCAGGGCCACAGCAAGAUGUCCUCAGUGUCUCUUCUGAUGGUGGGAUAAUAAUGGGCUAUCCUGGAGAGAUCGCCAAUGGGACCAGUGAUGCUGAUGACACCGUCUACAGAAAGGGCACCCCUGACGUGGCGCUCUGGGGAAGCAGCAAUGCUGGGCUGAAAAAGUCCAAUCAAGAGCCCCAUGGUGAAAUGGGGAGUACUGAAUUUCUGGAAAAAGAACCCUCUGACAACCUCAGCAAUGGAACAAACAGCAACUUGGAGGCAGCCAGACGGCUGGCCAAGCGUCUUUACCACCUAGACCAUUUCAAGCGUUCAGAUGUGGCCAAGCAUUUGGGGAAGAACAAUGAAUUCAGCAAGCUGGUGGCUGAAGAAUACCUUAAGUUUUUUGAUUUUACAGGAAUGACGCUGGAUCAAUCUCUCAGGUGUUUCUUUAAGGCAUUUUCCCUGAUGGGGGAAACCCAAGAACGAGAGAGAGUUUUAGUCCACUUCUCCAACAGAUACUUUCAUUGUAAUCCAGAUACCAUUUUUUCAUCAGAUGGAGUUCAUUGCCUCACCUGCGCCAUCAUGCUCCUCAACACUGAUCUGCAUGGCCACAAUAUUGGAAAGAAGAUGACCUGUCAGGAGUUUAUUACGAAUCUCCAGGGUGUAAAUGAAGGCAGUGAUUUUCCCAGGGACCUGCUGAAGGCCCUCUACAAUUCAAUCAAGAAUGAGAAACUCGAAUGGGCAGUAGAUGAUGAAGAGAAAAAAAAAUCUUCAGAAGGAACUGAUGAGAAGGCUAAUGGAACUCAUCCAAAGACCAUCAGUCGCAUUGGCAGCACCACUAAUCCUUUCCUGGACAUUCCUCAUGACCCAAAUGCUGCUGUUUAUAAAACUGGAUUUCUGGCUCGAAAAAUCCAUGCAGAUAUGGAUGGAAAGAAGACUCCAAGAGGAAAGCGAGGGUGGAAGACCUUUUAUGCUGUGCUGAAGGGAACAGUUCUUUACUUACAAAAGGAUGAGUACAAACCAGAAAAGGCUUUGUCUGAAGAUGACUUGAAGAAUGCAGUGAGUGUGCAUCACGCACUGGCAUCCAAGGCCACAGACUAUGAGAAGAAACCAAAUGUGCUGAAACUCAAAACAGCCGACUGGAGGGUCUUGCUGUUUCAAGCCCAGAGCCCAGAGGAAAUGGAAGCAUGGAUAAACAUAAUUAACUGUGUGGCAGCUGUGUUUUCAGCACCCCCAUUUCCAGCAGCUAUUGGCUCCCAGAAGAAGUUCAGCCGUCCACUUCUUCCAGCUACGACAACAAAAUUGUCACAGGAUGAACAGCUAAAGUCACAUGAAAGCAAGCUCAAGCAGAUUUCCACAGAGUUGGCUGAGCAUCGCUCUUACCCACCUGACAAGAAAGUCAAAGCUAAGGAGAUUGAUGAAUACAAACUGAAAGACCACUACCUGGAGUUUGAGAAAUCUCGCUACGAGAUGUAUGUGAAUCUUCUGAAAGAAGGAGGCAAGAAGCUGCUGGGCGGCAGCGACAGUGAUGGGAUGGGACUGAAGAAAUCCCACUCGAGCCCGUCCUUGAACCAGGAGGCCUCUCCGGUCAGUGCCAAGGUCAAGCGCAACGUCUCUGAAAGGAAGGACUACAGACCAGAAACACCCAGCAUUAAGCAGAAGGUUACUUAGAAUCCAUUGGAGUACAGGAAGCAUUGGUCAUGCCGCAAAAUAUUGUUUUUCAAGAUCUUUCUGAUAAUCUGUGGUUCAUAAAACAAUACCAACAAAUGAUUCUGUGACUAAAUGGUGCAUUAGUAACCCUUUUUCUAUAGUCUAUUUUUGGUUGUUGUUGUUGUUUUCUGUACAUAGUGCCAAGGGUUGCUUUUGCUCCCUACUCCCUUUGCUUUGAGAAUUUGCCAUUGGCCAACUGAUGCACCUUGUUUUGUGAGGGGAAGGGAAACGCUGUUUCCCAAUGAACGAUGCGAUCCUUCCCCUUGGAUUUUCUCCUGUUUGCACACUGCUCUCUUGUUUUAUGUAUUCCUCAAGUCAGCUGUUACACUUUAAGAAAAAAAAAGUAAUCCAUUGUAAAAGACUUAACUGGAUGAGCCCUUGUAGCUUAGCUGGAGUUCAUCUAAGUCUGGAGUUAGUAGAAGUCUUUGUAAAUGAAACCUUGCACAGUCACAGAAGUGGAACUGACCACUGGUAGAAGUUAGGGGAAGGGCUCUGACACUGGGAAUGAGAAUUUCCCAACGUGAUGCAGCCUUGAGCGCAUUUUAGCACUUAUCAAGUUGUGAACCUUGCCAAUAGCAGGGGAAUAGAAUGAGAAGACUGCAGGGAUUGUUAGUCCUAGACAACUCAUGUUAGCUUACUUGAAACACCAAUUCCAUUGAGAAGUAGAGGAAAGCAGAGUGAAGUCAUUUUGCCCAGUGAAGAUUAAGGGAAGAUUCAUUCCAAGUUAAUUUUGUUUGCCCAAGAAAGGCAGGCAUAUUAGCCGUUGGGGAGCUAUGUUCAUAGUUCCAGUUUUCAUUUCCAGGGGACAGGAACGUGACUCCUGCUGUAUCUGAGAAGGAACUUGAGAUUCUACACCGUCUGGUUAUAGCCUUUCAUACUGGCAUUGGGUUCUUUCUUAGGGUGUGUAGAUAUUUGGUUAUUUCUUGGCUGUGUGAACAUGGAGGCAGGAGGGAGGUUUCCUUGCCCCCGUGUCCAACAAAGUAUUGUUGCAAAUCGCUCUUUAUUUUCUUAGGUUUACACAGAGAAAUGAACAAAACAAGGAAAACAACUUUACAAAAUAGACAGUUCUCAAGGGUCUGGAAUGGUACCCUGAUUUUAAUAACAUGAAAAAUAUAUAUAUAUAUAUAUAUAUACACAUAUAGUGAACUCUAGGUCAGUAGCUGCUGGAAAUCUGGUGGUUGCAUAUGAGCAACCACUCUUUGCUCAGUUCAUUAUUUUGGUUCCUUUGAUAGGAAAUAGAUGACCAGACCACUUAGCUCACUACUACUGUAGCUCCGACACCCUUUUCCCUAUACUUGGGGUGUCAACAAAGGAAAUUCUCCCCUUCUAGAGCACUCAUUGAGGUCUUCUCAUGCAGUUAGUGAGACAUCUUUUGGCCUCCUGAGUCUUCAUGUGGUAAUCGCUUUGGCAUUCAGGGGAAGAUAAGCACAAGAAAGGGAGACUUGUAGAGAGAGGGAACGAGAGGGAGACUUCGGCCACCAUCAAAAAGGAAUCUUUCCCCACCCCUAUUUGAGCAGUAUAGUCACAACAAAUGAAGUUAGUCACCUUGAAUCAUAUGUACUUUGACCAAAGAAUUAAAUGCUAUGCAAGGGUGGCAUCAUUCUAAGAAAUGAGAAAGAAUUAGCUUUAAAAACCAAAACAAUCUCUUUGGAAAACAGAAUUGACCUUUAGAACUUUACAAAUUUUUAAUCAUAGUGGGCUAUUUAUUAAAAUGUAACUUCUGUCAUAUAUGAAAACAAACUGAAUGUUUAUUUGAUGCCUUGGUUCCGUGAAAGGAGAGGGGAAGAAUCUCAUAUUUCUGAGGUUAUAGCUUCUCACAUGACAACAGGUCAGAUUUUUGACAAAAGCCCUGUAACUGACCAUCCCAUUAAAUGGAUCACAUUUUUUUUUUCUGAAAGCUCCAAAAACUGAGCAAAAACAAGGUUGGAUUUUAUAGUUGUGUGGCCCAGAGUAUUUUGCUUUUUGUAGCUGCUCUCAGAAUCUACAAGGCCUCCAUGAGAUAGGAAGAUCCUCCCCACUCCCACCCCCCUGGACAAACACUCUUUCCAUUUGAAUUUCCAGCCUAUUGUCUGCCUAUGUCUUUAUCCUAGAGGUACCUGGACAGUGUUAUGUGUUGGUCUGAGUAACUGAACUCAUAUAAACUGCUCUGCUCAUUGCUUCAAUGUAUGUAUGCAUUCAGUGUGUGUGUCUUUGUGUAUUGUGUGUUUGUGUGCAUUUUGUGUGCUUACAACAUGAGAUACACAUUAAAUGGUACCUUGCCUACAGUAUUAUUGGUAUUUAGACUAAUCCGAGAAAUAUUUGGCUAGCCUCACAUGAAUAAGGCAUUAUUUCCAUUGUCUUCUUCAUGGAAGUCAUUUUUACUUCUGGUUAUGCUGAUGAGUUAUUCAUCUGGAUUAGAAAGUUAUACUUUUAUAUUUUAAGCUGCUGUGUACUAUGUUUAUAUAGGUUUGUUUUUAAAAUAAUAAAUACAGAAAUUGCUGUUGUGGCCUAGGGUCACCGCUCACGCCUGUACAAUGCUAGUCCAUCAUUAGGUAUUGGACUAGGAGCUCCUCUCCUCCUUCCAACCCUUGAUUAAUACAAGUCACAUCUGGUUCUGUAGGAAGCAACCUUCACAGAGUUAAAAUGAGACUAGCUUAGAACUGCUCUGAGGAACUAAGGCGGUGCUUCUCACUCAUGGAAGUCUACUUUUUUUGGCAUCUGAUCAAGGAAGAUGAAACAAGGUUCUAUUCAGACUUCCUUUCUCCCUGCUGCUUACUUCAAGGUACAGAAGAACUCUUUUUCCUUCUUUUUUUCCUUUUUCAAUGAGGUACUUCACAAACCCCUUCCUGUGACUUCUCAACCCCCUACCUCACCUUCCAUGAGCUGAAGGCAUGUAGAUGGGCCUGAGUUCCUCUGACCUGUGGCAGACCUCUUUUUAAAUCAAGAUACCCUUGACUUAAAACCAAUCCAUCGUGGUUUAAAUUAGAGGAAAGUCUUGCUACUAGUUUGUCACUGUUUUAAUAGUCUCAUUGCUGAAUUUGACCAAUAUUAUGAAUGUUUCACAUAUAAAAAUAUAUGAGUUUCUUCAGAGUUGGGGUUACCACCUAACAUGCAGAGUUCUAGAAGAAUGUUUUAUUGGGAAUUUGGGUGUUUUGAUCCCACCUCACAGAUUUGCUUGGGAGUUUGUGUUUAAGAAAACAACCUUGCCUUAGAAGUUUCUAAUUUAGCUUAGCCACCCAGUAUUUCUAUCCAUUUUCUUGUAUCUUAAUGCCAACAGGUUGGGUAUACCUGGAGUGACAAAAUAAUGCAGGACAUAUUUUCAUAUUUUCUUUUGCCAUUAGGAGUACUUAUCAAUAGGCUAGUGCCAUUCAAAAGGAGCAAUGGGCUUUUCAGGCUCUGAAAGUGGUGAAGGUUGGUCAGUGAUUGGUCAGGGGUUUCUGGUACUAUACAGCAUAGAUAAAACUGAUUGACACCCCCCCCCCCCAUGUGGUCAGUACCACUGUUCUUGGAGUUCUUUCUAAUUUUAACAGUCCCUGGGCUUUCUAAUCUUUGGACAAUCCAGGAGGCUAAGAACUACUCAGGAAGGACCUGAGGGAAACAACUAUAAAUGGAGAACAUAGCCUCCCCUGAGUGGACAGAGCAAAAGCUGACCUCCUCAGCUGGGGCUUCACUUGGUUGGACCAAUGCAAUGUGGCUCCUUAUUCAGGGGAUGAGAAGAGGUGCUAGGUAGAAGUAGGAACUCAAUGAGAAAGGGGCCUCUCAUUACUGCUCAGAAGAAAUGAUCUCUGACUUUUCCUUUUUGGCUUGGUUGAGAGGUUCAAAGAUGCACCUUGAAAAAAAAAAAUACCUUACUGGCAAGUCUAGGGUUUCAGUUUGAUGUUUGUUUGUUUGUUUGUUUGUUUGUUUUAAUUCCUUUAGCAAUCUUUUUUUUUUUAGUUAAUUCACCACUGAAAUCCUCAUUCUACUGGAUGGCCAAGAAUAGGGUCCAAAAUGCUGUAGCUUUGUUUCCACUUUGAAAUUGCUGUGGGCUUGACUUAGGCCAAUUGCCUGGGACCCUGGCAAAAUACAUACCAAUUUUCUUUUAACUUGGGCACUAAGUCAGUUUAGCCAUCAAAUGCCAGGAAUAUUUCUCAACCUCUGAAACCCACGCUAUAGGGAGAGCACAGAAGAGAUUCCUUACAGUAAUCAAAAAUAAAAUUUGUAUCUAGUGGUGCUAUAUUGGACUUAAAUAGUUGCUCCUUUCCCUUCAUGGGAUUCCAAGUCACUUGAGCAGAAAAUCAUCUCAAGUCAGCUGAACAGCUAAAGGAGCCCCCUUGUUCAUCAACCUUGCUCCAAAGUUGCCAGCUUUAGGGCCAAACUGCAUAUCUGCUUGAGAGUUUGUGAUUCCCUUUCCUCUUGCUUUUUAAAGGUCAGACACCAGCACAUCACCAGAAGGGACUCUGGGAGGCCUGAUUGCUGAUGUCCAAAAAUAGGGAAAAGGCAACAAAGGACAGCUUUCUGAUUCCUUCUCAGUUCCGGACACCCCCUUUUGCAAUUUCUCUUUCUCUCUCUUUCUGUCUUUCUCUCUCUGUCUCUCUCUCCCUCUGUCUCUGUCUCUCUCUCUUUCUCUCUUUCUUUCUCAGGCUACACCUUUAGUAGAGUGAUGGACUAGUGAAUUUUUAGGUCUUCCUGUACCUACAGCAUCCAUGACCUAUUUGGAUGAUCUUCUUAGGAUAGCACUCUGGCCCAUUGCAUGCUGGGAGCUGGUCCUCAUGGAGAGAAUUUCAGUAAAUACUUGAACCUGCAUGACAGAUUGUAGACUUGAAUGCAACAGUAAGAUAGUAUUACAAUAUGUGUAACUAUACUUAUGAUAGGGUUCCUUAAGUCUCCCUGGUUCAUUCAUGAUAAUUUAAGUGUGUCUGCAGUAACAUAAGGAUUCAUACAGAUAAUGUGUCAUGCCACAGAAAAGGCUAUCUGCCAUCUCUAAGUAUAUGUGUGUUUGCGUUUGUGUGUGUGUUUGUGUGUAUAUAUAUAUGUAUAUAUGAAUAUACUUGUAUGCAUAUGCAUCACUGUGUGGUUUGCAUAUCAACAUAUGGUACAUGUAAACAUCAGAAAGAUUUUAAAUUUUAUUUUCUCAAUAACCAGUGUGAUGUAAAAAAAAAAAGCCUCAUAGGAUUGGUUAUAUAGUUCAGCCAUUAAGAGUGUAUAGUAGCAUUGUUUUAUUAAUCUAGAAAUCAAAUGAUAUUUUGAUUAAAGGGUUUUUAAUUGAAAAAUUCUUAUGUUACAAUUUAAUCUGAAUUUCAAAAUCUCUAGGGCAAAAUGACUAGCUAUAGUGUGAUAGUUUCAUGGAACUAGUUUUAUAUAUAUAUGUAUGCAUAUAUACUUAUAUAUUUGUAUACAUAUAUACACUAAGAGGAGAGCUCAUAGUGAUUUGAAAAGUACAGGGGAAUAAAGGAAAAGAAAAACAGGGGGCAGCCUGUCUAGUCUAGUCUUGAGUAUUUAAAAAUUAAAAAUGAAAAAAAAAUAGACAUGAGAUCAAGUAAGUUCGUUUUGAUUGGGCUUAUUACAACGUGUGAUUAUUUGAAGCACACCUUCUUUAUUGCUGUAAUUAGUCCAGGAGAACAGAGAUUUUCAGGAACACUAGAGAGGCUGAGACAAUGUCAUUUACAUGUUUGUGUAUAUUUCACAGUGGAUUAGCCUAGUGCUGCUCCAUACCCUCGGAAGUGUAAAGUAUCACAAAUGUGGCACCUGCAUGGUUGGCACCUUCUCGAGGCAGGGUGCCAUGUUCUUAGAUUCAGAAUGCUUAUAAAUUAGGACUUCUCCAUGAAAAUCUUGUUGCAGGCAAAGGCAUUUUAGAACAGGCUAUGGACUCAGUUAAAUAGCUAAUAUUUUUGUACUUCAGUAUCACUGUUUUUCUGCCUCUCCCCAAAGAUGAGCCACUGCCUUAGUUGUUUGAGCUUACCGCCUGUCUUAUGGUGUAGAAAUAUAUAACCAGAGACUCAAAUCUAUUAACUAGCAUGUUGGGUGUUUUUGAAGCAGUGACUGAGAGUAUGUAUGUGUGCGUGCAUGUGCAUAUGGUUUGAAUGCAGUGUCAGGCUUGUUUUCAAAUACGCUGCCCAAAGUUCUUUGCUUCUGUUUCUGAGAAGUAGGGGUCUAGGAGGGCAGAAGAAUUUCACAGCUCUGAACAGAGGCAGUAUGGUCAGUUGUUUUGGUUGUUUGUGUUCACUCUGUAGUCUCAAACUUUUUUUUUUUUUUUGCAACUUCAUUCAUUUUAAAAUUUAGUGGAUUGGCUCUGUGACCAGUUAGCAAAGCUGUAGUUCUGCACUAUGGAUAUAUUUCAUUUUUGGAAUUGCAGAGAUUUAUAUAAACAUCCAUUCGAUUCACAAAUGACAUAAAAGGAGUAGUUAUUGGAAAUGUUUCUCUUUAUGCCUUAAGCCUUUAAAAUGACAGGACUUUUGGGAAAGCCAUGAAGUUUUGCUUUUGUUUUGUUUGGUUUUUUUUUUUUUUAAAAGCCAAGUAACCACUGGGCCUAUGUAUAAAUAUUAAUUUUCUGUGUUGGUUUUAAAAUUCCUGUUAGGAUAAUUGGAAUUUUUAAAUCUAAAGAAACAAGAAGAUUUGACCAAACUGAAGCAUGGGUGAAUUGAAACAUUUCCCAUUUGGCAUAUAUGUUAUAGUUAAUAAUUCUAAGUUCCUUGCCUUAUAGAGGCAAGGUAUCAAUUUCCCACACACUUAAAGGGUAUAGAAAAAAAAAAAGGUUUACACGUAUUUGGGACCUUCAGCAGACAUAUACAUGUGUACACACAUGCAUACACACAUACACAUGUACACACACAGUUACACACAUAUGUGCACACACUGUGAAUAGUCUGAAUUAUGCAAACCCAACUUUAUAAGGCUGAGGGAUUCACAGUGUUCAAAAGACAUGGUGAACAAGGGCCCAAGAACUGAAAUAUAGAAGUAUUUACCCAGGGUUUAGUAGUAAUUUUGGCUCUUAUAUUUUGACUUGCACUUUUUACUGAUCAAUAACUAUGUGUGUGCACACAGACAGAUCCUUUCAUAUGGUACCACUGAGUUAGAGUUUUGGGUAAUGCAUUAACGAAGCUCCCCAGUAACUCACAGCAGCCGAGGGAAGCCCCAGAAGACUUCUUUCCUGGGAAGGAGGUGCUGUUAUGACCAAGCAUCUCUUGGGGCAAAGAGUAAACAUGCAGGGAAGGGAGAGAAGAAUCUGUUCCAGAAAAGAUAAGGUUAGUUUAUCCACCCCUCUUUCAUCUCAGAGCUGUGAAAGUCAUGAUCAAAUUGAAAAGUAGUUGGGUAUUCAUAGGGAAAAAAAUGCACUUUUUUUUUGUCAAUGAUGAAAAUGAGAAUGGAGAUUGGGAAGGACAUUAAUGAAGGUACACUUUCCUUUGCAAGGUAGAAUAUAAAUUCUAAAUAACCGCUCUAUAAAUAAACACCCAGCCUCUAUUCCUGGAAAUGUUACUUUGUGGAGAGAAUUUUGAAGUCUGACUUUUUCUUUUUAAUUUUCCCACCAGCUCCUGAAUGUUCAUAGGUGGUAUUUUCCUUCCAGAGGAGUUAAGACUUUGAGGUAGUCUCCAAUUAAGACUGCCAUCACCUAAAUUGAGAUGUUCUUCUCCUCUUUAGCCCUGUAAUGCCCCUGGAGUUUCAGAGCAUUUUACUGUGUGCCAGACUACAGCAGUGGAGGUCGCUGCCCCUCAUGUUUUCAACUGUUUCCAACCUCCUUCACUGAGCAACACAUAUGGGUUUCCAAAGCUGAUUGCUCUACCUUGGGAAUUCAGCUAGACACCAGCUGGCGAGAGUGAGAGGCCCUCCCCAGUGUGGCUGCCUGAGGUCAGUGAAAUCCAGUCAAUCUUGACAUUGAUCUCAAAGUCACAUUUAAUGCACAUGAAAUGACAUAGCAUAUUUAACUCUGACACUGGGGACAGAAGCUCUUUGUGCCUUUGUGCAUCCUAGAAAUGAAAUAGAAAAAGACUCAAUUUAUAUCUCAUUUCUGUGGGUAAGGCCAGAGAGGCCUUUAAAACACUCUUGCUCAUCAGUGUUGCUCAGUCCAAAAAGAGGUUCAGAGUGAGGAUGGCACCCUCCAGUCCAACAGGCAUCCUUUUUCUGCUUCAUGUUUUAGACCUCUUUCUAGAACAGUGGUUGAGAGUUCCAGCAAUGAUCCAAGCUGAGAACCUCUAUCAACAGCAUACAAUCUAUGCUAUAGUUUAGGCAGAAUUAUCUUUUAAUGAAUCUUGAAAAAAAUAAUAAUUUUUCCAUGCUGUUAAUUGGGCUACACUCAUUGUGACUCAAAAGUAGCUGGCAGAACAAUGCAACAUAUUUUUCCAGGGAACUGGUGGGAAAAGGCAAAGUUUUAGAAAUAAAUCUUUUUCUCAAGCUGAGAGAAGUGGCUAAUCCCCCUCCAUCUUCAAAUUUUUCUCCACCCAAUAUUUCAAUUUCAUCUCAGCCCCCAGUGCCAUAUGUCCCCAGCGAAUGGUGAGUGGAAUUAGCAGCAACACAGCGGUCUGCUCCAGAAGCAUUCUCAAACUCAACUAAGCUAGGGAUACCACACCAUGUCCUGCCUGCCAACACCACCGCCCACCUGGUACAGGAAAGGCCAUUUCCUGGUAAAUUAAGGCAUUCAUAUGAUGGUCCUAUUUUGACUCAAGUGAGGAUUAGUGCAGAUAUGGUGAAAGUGUUUAAAGAAUAUUUUGAAAAUUAAGUUUACAUUUUAUAAUUGCUUUAUUUUUCAUUAAGAUAGCUGUAUAUAAAUAUUGCCCUCGCUCAUUGUUGUUAAGUAAAUUUAAAAGUAUGUAGACAGUGAGUUACCUGACAUGUAUAGAAUCUGUGAUAUAUGGAGUACAUUUCUCUAUUGUGUAAAUGUUUAUGAUUAGAACUGUUCCUCUGUGUUUUUAUAGGUUGCGGAUAAUUUGUCGCUUUACGACGACAAAGUUUAUUGCAUUCAAAUGAUUUUUAUGUAAUAGAAAUCAUGCAAACUAGUGAAGGAUUUAAAAUAUGUAUAUGAU